UACUCAGUGACCCUGAUGGGAAACACGGUCAUCAUCGCGCUCGUCUGCGUCGAUAAACGUCUGCAGUCCCCCAUGUAUUUCUUCCUUGGCCAUCUCUCUGCCUUGGAGAUCCUGGUGACAAGCAUCCUCGUGCCUGUGAUGCUGUGGGGGCUGCUGCUCCCUGGGAUGCAGACAGUGUCUCUGCCCGGGUGUGUCGCCCAGCUCUUCCUGUACCUUGCUGUGGGGACCACAGAGUUUGCCCUGUUGGGAGGGAUGGCCGUGGACCGUGACGUGGCUGUCUGCAACCCUUUGAGAUACCACAUCAUUAUGAACAGCCGCACCUGCAACUUUGUGGUGAUCGGGUCCUGGGCGUUUGGGUUUCUUUUUCAAAUCUGGCCAGUUUACGCCACGUUCCAGCUUUCCUACUGCAAAUCUAACGUGGUGAACAAUUUUUUCUGCGACCGAGGGCAACUGCUCAAACUCUCCUGCAGUAAUACUCUUUUCAUGGAGUUCAUCCUCUUCUUAAUGGCUGUUUUUGUUCUUUUUGGUUCUCUGAUCCCCACAAUUGUCUCCUACAGCUACAUUGUCUCCACCGUCCUCAGGAUCCCCUCGGCGUCGGGCUGGAGGAAAGCCUGCUCUACCUGUGCCUCCCACUUCACCUGUGUUGUAAUUGGCUAUGGCAGCUGCUUGUUCCUCUACGUGAAACCCAAGCAAACUCAGGCAUCUGAUUACAAUAGGGUUGUUUCCCUGAUGGUCUCCGUAGUUACUCCUUUCCUCAAUCCUUUUAUCUUCACCCUCCGAAACGACAAGGUCCUAGAGGCCCUUAGGGAUGGAGGGAAAAGGUGCUGUCAUCCCUUCAGGAACUAG